AGAGUAGCCCAACAUAAAACCAUACAUGUACAAAACAUUGCUGCCAUGCCAAGUUUAGUUACAUUACCAUCUUUGGAGCUGCAGCAUUUCAAUAUGGAGACUGAUGACAAGAAGACUGGCAGAUGCAGGACAGGAAACCUAAAGUCUCGGCUGCAGGCCAAAUUACUUCAGGCAACUAACACAGCGGGACUUAGUCCUGAAGAGAUGUCUCAGUGGUCACAAUCCCUGGAAAGACUUCUGUCCUCCAAAUGUGGGAUGAAAAUAUUCCAGGCUUUUUUGAAGUCAGAGUUCAGCGAUGAAAACCUUGAGUUUUGGGUGGUAUGUGAGGACUAUAAAAAGAUCAGGUCGUCCUUCAGGAUGUCGGCCCGAGCCAAAAAGAUCUUCAAGCUGUACAUUCAAGCCGAGGCUCCCAGAGAGAUCAACAUUGAUCACAAGACCAGGGAUCUGAUCCAGACAAACAUAAAGGUUCCUUCUGCGAUCUGUUUUGAUGAUGCCCAGAAGAUUGUCUAUGGGUUAAUGGAGAAAGACUCAUACCCACGCUUCCUGAAGUCGGACAUUUACCGAACAUUACUGGACUCUACAUCAGAAUCAAUGAGGAUGUAAACUUGCGACGCUGUUCAAAACAGGACUGUAAAACUGUCUAACCCUGGAUUAUACCUGAGAUGCUGCCGUGUGUUGCUGUUCGACUGGGAGACCCCAAACUCAGUCUAAACGCUUUUAUCCUCUAAUGUUUAUACCUUCAUCAAGAGUUUGAGAAAAAUUGGGGGGUUCUUAUUACGACACGAUUCCCUUUUGAAACUUAAAAAAGUACCAGAGAUUACUCAGAGUUGUGUGAAAGGAAGAGUAACGUGUUCUGAUCCAGCUAAUGUGACUAGAGCUGUAGAGUAAAGGACUUCCCAGCGAGGUCGUGACUGUGACUUGAAAAUGCUGGGGACUUUCUGUGAGUGACACCAGAAACUGUCCCUCCGAGCUYAGAUGAAAGUGUACAGAUGGUAAAGAGAGGGGGUAUCCAUGUUAGCACAUCCUCUUAAGAUCAUUAUUAUCUCACUAAAGCAAUAACUAAGUAACAGAGGUGUGAAUUAUUUUAUGCACAUCUUUAUGUGUGUCAUUUUUUUUUUACAUUCUGGCAUCAGUGCUGACACACUGACUGUUAUGUUACAACUGUAAUGAAAUAUGAUAAGCUAUAAGUUGAGAAUGUCUUCAACAUGUCUGUAAAAAUACUGCAGAUGUUUAUAUUGAAAUAUGUUUGUGAUGUUUAAUAAAGUAAAUMUAUUGUAUA